GGCCAAGCCGCUCUGCAGAGCACUGUGGGUAGGAGGAGGGCCGCGUCCCCACGUGCCGGCCAGAGUGACACCAACAUGGCCGCUGCCUGAACGCUGCCCGCCCGCCGCGCACCGCCACCGGGGAGCCGGCGGCCGCGCUGCCCGCGCCGGCGCUCCGCCAGGUUGUGCCAAGCAGUAAGCCAGGAGAAAGGUUUCUGUAUCCUAGCAUGGCAAAUGAAGAAGAUGAUCCAAUUUUACAAGAGAUUGACGUGUUCCUGGCCAGAAGUCUACUGGAGAAGCUGUAUCUGUUUCAGUACCCUAUUCGUCCAGCUUCUAUGACGUACGAUGAUGUUACCCAUUUGUCAGCGAAGAUAAAACCGAAGCAGCAAAAGGUUGAACUGGAAAUGGCCAUUGACACGCUGAACCCCAACUACUGCCGCAGCAAGGGAGAGCAGAUUGCUCUCAACGUCGAUGGCACGUGUGCGGAUGAAACAAGUACCUAUUCCUCGAAGCUGAUGGACAAGCAAACUUUCUGCUCUUCGCAAGCUGCGAGUAACGUCUCCCGCUAUGCAGCUGCUGUUUAUAGGAAAGGUGAACUUCACCUGACUCCACUACAUGGAAUUCUUCAGCUGAGGCCAAGCUUCACCUACUUAGACAAGGCUGAUGCAAAACACCGAGAAAGAGAAGCUGCUACUGAAGGUGGUGAUUCAUCCCAGGAUGAAGCUGAAGAUGAUGUUAAGCAAAUUACUGUCCGAUUCUCCCGCCCUGAGACUGAGCAAGCUCGCCAGCGGCGCGUGCAGUCCUACGAGUUCCUGCAGAAGAGGCAAGCAGAAGAGCAGUGGGUUCAUCUUCAUUACUAUGGCUUGAAGGACAGCCGUUCUGAACACGAGCGCCAGUAUUUAUUCAGUCAGGGGCACGGCCUUGCUGAGAACACAGAACUCAUUAAGUCUCCCAGUGAAUAUUUAAUGAUGCUGAUGCCUCCAAGCAUAGAGGAAGAGAAUGACAAACCAGUGGCUCCAAGCAAUGUGCUUUCUAUGGCCCAGCUGAGAACUUUACCCCUUGCUGAUCAGAUUAAGAUCCUGAUGAAGAAUGUGAAGGUGAUGCCCUUUGCAAACCUGAUGAGUUUGCUAGGCUCUGGGACAGACUCUACAGCAGUUCUCCGCUGUAUACAGCAGGUGGCAAUGCUGGUGCAGGGAAACUGGGUGGUGAAGAGUGAUGUACUGUACCCAAAAGAUACAUCUAGCCCAUAUAGUGGAGUCCCUGCAGAAGUGCUCUGUAGAGGAAGAGAUUUUGUUAUGUGGAAGUUCACACAAGACCGUUGGGUUGUGAGAAAGGAAGUGGCAGCAGUCACAAAACUUUGUCCAGAGGAUGUGAAAGACUUCCUAGAGCAUAUGUCUGUGGCAAGAAUAAACAAAGGUUGGGAGUUCAUGCUCCCUUAUGAUGAAGACUUCGUUAAGAAGCAUCCGGAUAUAGUUCAGAGGCAACAUAUGCUGUGGAUGGGCAUUCAGGCCAAAUUAGAAAAGGUCUAUAGUCUCUUAAAGGAGCACUUGACACCAAAGAAACAAGAGGCACAAUCAGCUCAUCCACUGCUGGUCUCUGGGGAGCAAAGGGUCAACAUAGCGAAAGCAAAAGUCAAGCAGAACUAUGGGCAGCUGGAAAAGGCGUUCCAGAAGCAAAAGGCAGAGGUGAAAUCAAGUGACAGCUCAGCCAGGAUGGACGUGUCCCAUGUCCGCGUUAAAGAGGAGCCUGCGAGCGACGAGGAGCCGAUGGAGGCCUCUGCUUGCGAGGCUGUGAACGGCCUGGCCAACGGCCUCCACGCCGAGGAGGACUCCACGGACUCUCUGAACGGCCACUUGCCUGGGGGCUGCACGGACAGGGUGGCCCAGGAACUGAAGGCCUUUGUGUCCUCAACGUUUAAGAAACAAUUUGUUCUCACCCUGAGUGAGCUUAAACGGUUAUUUAACCUUCACCUCGCCAGUCUGCCUCCGGGACAUACCCUGUUCAGUGGCAUUUCAGACAAAAUGUUACAGGACAUGGUGCUGGACACUGGCUGCAAACAGAUUUUGGUGCCUUUUCCUCCACAGACUGCUGCUUCACCAGAUGAGCUAAAGGUCUAUGCACUUUGGGAAGCUGGGGACACUUACGAUCAGCAUCGCCAGGUUUUGCUGGAGCUCUUCUCGAAGAACUACCGCGUGCGCAGGAACGUCAUCCAGAGCCAGCUGAGCCAGGAGUGUGGAGAGGAUCUCAACAAGCAGGAGGUGGACAGGGUGCUCAAGGACUGCUGUGUGAGCUAUGGGGGAAUGUGGUAUCUUAAGGGGACGGUGCAGUCAUGACAGCGGUGGUAGCGGUUUCAAGUGAUCUCCAGGACGAAAGAGGAAACCUGCAGCAGGCGGCACAGACCAAGUAAUGCCGUGGCCUCGGGAGUGUGGGGCAGGAUCUGACCUACUUUGGGGCACGUUGGGCAUUGCAGGCACUCUCUGCCAUCCCAGCACACUCACACGUGUGUUUGCAUGGCUGCCUAGGUGCAAGAGCAGCUAGGAAGACAACGUGGGAGCCUGUGUGCAGCUUGAUUAAUCUGGGAUCUCUGAUGUAUUCCAAUUCUCGUUCUGUUUUGUUAUGAAACAAUAAAACCACAUACUGACACAGA